AGUACCUCUAGUGCUCACCGCACUCUCUGUGCUGUCUGUGUAGUGCGUAAAGAAACUACAGCGCUGAGAGAAUCUUCUGGGAACAAACGGACACUUGUUCAAUCUCAUUCCACUGAAUUCUGAGGAGUCAAAGAUAAUUUCCAGCUUGGAUGUAGCAGCGGUCUUCCCACGUGUUAAUACGGACGAGCGCACGCAGAGCGGACACUCUUCACAUGCUGAGCCAUGGAGACGCUGACUUCAGCAAAACUUCACACCUGCCUUUCAAUAUUCACAUUUCUGUGCUGUAUCUCAGGUGACCUGGCCCAACUUCAGCUGCCUCAGAAAAAUGUAGAAGUGAUCCAAGGGAAGAUGGUAGUGCUGCAGGCUUCUUACACUGGUGUGGAGAUUAAGAAAAAUACAGUGGUCUGGAACUACAUGUCCAGCAGCACAGAAAUGAUCAUUUCAUACGUCGGUGGAAGCUUAAGUCAUAGCACUUCCCAGUUUGCUGGUCGAGUCGGUUUUAUGCAUAAUAUGCCCAACACCAACCUGUCCCUGUACAUUAACAACACCAAAGCAUCAGACUCAGGAAAGUACAUGUGCCAGGUCAUCAUUCCGGAGGCCUCAGGACUCACCGGAGAGCUCAUUCUUAAUGUUAAAGUCCCUCCUUCAGUGCCAGUUUGUCAAGUUAAAGGAAAGCCUGUUCUUAAAGGGAACAUCACUCUGGCUUGUAACUCUAAUGAUGGUAAGCCGGCACCAGAAUACAAGUGGACCAAGACUAGCCCCACCUCAGAGAUCUUCUUCCCUCCUGCACAAAAUGAAACGGCGGGAACUUUAAAACUGAACAAUCUGAGCAGUAAUAUGUCGGGGAAAUACAUGUGCACUGCAUCCAACUCUGCAGGAGUGGAGACGUGCUACAUCAACCUGGAAGUCAUCACAUCGACUAAUGCAGGGAUGAUCGCUGGUGUUACGAUUGGUUGUAUUGUGGCUCUCAUCCUGAUCAUUCUCUUCUUCGUCUUCAUGUGGACAAGACGGAAGGACACCGAAGAGGAUUUGGCCAAUGAAAUCAAAGAGGAUGCUCAGGCUCCCAAACGCGUCUCAUGGGCCAAGAGUGGCACUGGAUCUGACAUCAUCUCUAAAAACGGCACCCUGUCCUCCAUUCACACCGGCUCUUACCCACGAGACACCCAGAACCACCACCAUUACCCUCACUCCGACACCGCGUCCAUCCUCACGGCCACAGGGGGCAGCACAACCGACUACCGCUCGCAGCCUCCAGCAGACGCCACACUGGAGCGCACAUUGCCAGGCUACAACACCAACCCCACCCUGCCCCGUGGACCCUCGGGACCCCCCAGCACCAAUGGAGGCUCCCAGCACACCUCAGUGCCACGGCCAGCCUCCGCCCAGCCUCGGAUUCCACGUCCGCCUGUGCUGCCCACCACCGUAACUGCUGCCAACAUCUCCCGCAUGGGAGGGGUACCCAUUAUGGUGCCGGCGCAAAACCAGGCUGGCUCUCUGGUCUAGAACCAAACAUUUCUGCUCAACCUCUGAAGGGAAAGAGAGAAGAGGACUGUCUGCGGUCCCACAAACUGAUGCACAUUGGAAAGGAUGGAUU